AGUUUCCCUGCUAUUGUUGCUGUUGCCACCAGAGCCAUCUGCUGCUACUGCCAGACCAUAUGCUGCUGCCACCACCGAACCCAUCUGUUGCUGCUGUUGCUGUUCAACCAAAGCCAUCUGCUCUGCUGCUACUGCCGGCUACCACCAUUAGACUAUCUGCUGCUACUGCCGCUGAACAGCCAAAGCCAUCUGGUCUACUACUGUUGCAGAAGCCAUCUGCUGCUGCUACCACCACCGGAGCCUGCUACUACCGCCACUGGAGUCUGUUGUUACUGCUGCUGCUACCACCACCAAAGCCUGCUGCUGUUGCUGCUGCCGCCAACGGAGCCUGCUACUGCUGCUGCUGCCGCGGAACAACUUAAGCCAUCUGCUUUGCUACUGUUGCUGGAGUUAUUUGAUGUUAAUUGGUGGGGAAUGAGGAUCCCCACCCAUGGGAAAUGGGGACGGGGGGCAAAAUCUGCCCCU